AUGUCAAUGAAACAAUUAACAUUGGCAAUAUUGAAACCAGAUGUUCAACGUUUUAUAAAUUAUCGUAAAUAUAUCGAAUCUGUGAUGUCCGAUGCACAAUUACAAAUUAUUCAUAAUGAAGAGGUUUUUAUGACGCGCGAUCGUGCUCAAGUAUUUUACGCUGAACACAAAGGUAAAUUUUUCUAUGAUCGACUUGUUAAUCAUAUGAUUUGCGGACCACUUGGAGUGUAUAUUCUUGCCGGUAAUAAUGCAAUAUCUGUUUGGCGUUCAUUGCUCGGUCCCACUAAAGUUUACCGGACAGUUGUAUAUGAACCAAAUAGUUUACGUGGUCGUUUUGGAUUGACAGAUACCAGAAAUGGUUUUCAUGGAUCAGAUUCACAAGAAAAUGCAUUCAAAGAAAUUAAAUUCUUCUUUCCUAGUUUCAAUUGUGAAAGGAUUAUAUAA